CAUUCACUGUUCACCUUACCCAAUGGCCGACUCCGUCACGAUGCAGAGCGACGAGCUACACCCGCUCGUGUCGCUACUCUCUGCUUUCUUCUGGGUCAUCUUGUGGUUACUGACAUGGGUGAAAGCGCUCGUAGCUUUCAUAACGAUAUCAAUACCUCGUUUCAUUUACUUCGUCUUGUCGUACUCUAUGACUUUGACGCUUAACUUCUGGUCGUUCGCCAUUAUGUUUGUGCUUUCUGCAGUCGCUUUAAACUACUUUAUUCGGUUCCGCUACCUGAAUGUCUACUCUGACCUCAAGGAACCACCUCUUGUCAAGCCAGAUGUUAACGAGCUGCAUCCUGACGUAAACACAACUGAGCCUCCGCCGGCGUUCCACAACUAUCUCGACGACUUCCUACAAGCAGUUCGAGUAUUUGGUUUCCUAGAGAAGCCUGUCUUUCAUGAACUUGCGAGACAUUUACAAACCAAACGGCUGAUAGCCGGAGAUAGCAUAUCUAUGGAUCAAGACAGGAGCUUCUACUGUGUUGUGGAAGGCAAUGUUCAGGUCUUUGCCAAGACAGGCCAGGCUAUACGUCAAAACGGAUCUUGGGAAGAAGACGACAUGAACGGGUAUCAGCUCAUUAACGUAGUUGGCAAUGGAGGCACCCUCUCGAGCCUUUUCAGCAUUCUGAGCCUCUUCACAGAGGAUAUACCUAUGACGUGGCGCGACGACAUCAACUCGGAUAUAGCGAGCGAAAGUGAGCACGUUUCAAUGCCUCCUCGCUCUCGUGGUACGAGACAUAACUCCGAUGUACCGAAAUUCGAUCUUGAUGACAUUCCUCCUUCGAAUCCACGACGGUCACAUGCACCAAGUGUAUCAGGUGUAUCUGAAGCUUCUGUAUCGACAGCGCAUCCUUUUCAUUCGCCAGGCUCACAGAAAACAUUUUCUUUCCAAACUGCGUCAUCACACCCAUCUGUAGUCACACCCCCUGAGGAUGACCCCCCUUCUCAGGUUCAUCGAGGAAUCGUCGCGCGUGCUGCAGAGGAUACUACUUUAGCUGUAAUUCCAGCUGAAGCAUUUCGUCGUGUCACCAAGAAGUUCCCGAAGGCCACUGGGCACAUUGUUCAAGUCAUCCUCACGCGCUUUUCUCGUGUGACGUUCAAUGCGGCUCAUAAGUAUUUGGGGCUGACUACGGAGGUACUACGCACGGAAAAGGCCAUCAAUGAGCUUGCCUGUCACCCUCUUCCUGCCUCAUUCUAUGAAGGCGGCGGUCUGCAUCUCCUCCGACAGCGUUUUCAUGAUGCUGAAAUUCAUGAUUCUGACUCCGAGAGCGAAUAUUUUGGUCGCUUCACCUCACCAUCGCCUCUUGAGUCUUCUGUUCACCUUCAAAGUACUAGUGACUUUACCUCUCAAGAGAAGCUCACAGGCAGCCCUGUGUCGUUUCCCGCCCUGCAAAUGUCCCCAGCGGCGCGAACCCCUGCACCGCGAGCUUCAGCUUCUCGACAUCAAGUUCAGGCUGGAGACUUGCACACGAGUGCGCAGAACGAUAUCUAUCGAUCCAUGACUCGUUCAUUCAGUGUCCUGAACACUCCUCGUAUCCCAUCAACCAAUAUGAACCCACCUACUUCUCGACUGCCUUCAGGUGAUGAGUUCGAUCUGCGAGAAGAAGUUAUGUCUUGCAUAGCGAAGUCAAUUGGUUUGCUUCAGCCCCCUAUGAGCGGCAUAGAAUCUCCAGCUUUGCCGCCGUUUGAUCCUAACCGAUCACCGGGAGGGACUUUACCAUCGCCAUUCGGCUCCCUCUCCCUAUUGGAUUCAGUCAGCGUCAGUGACUCUGCAUCUAGCUUUACGACAGGCUCCACGAAUACUUCCUCCUACAUGAGCGGACUGGAUAAUGAGGUCGAAAUACUAUACUUCUCGGCGGGAUCCACGCUCGUUAAGGCUGGUGAAAGAAACACAGGGCUUUAUUACGUGAUUGAGGGCUUCUUGGACAUUUUGCUUCCUGUAGACGAAAACAAAGCCCCCAUUCCGACCCAUGCAAAGAACCAUGAAUCUGACUCAGACUCGCUGUUCACAGCCGAGCCGAAGCCGGAAACGGAAAGCACUAGCGAUCGCAAACUUCUCUUUACCGUGAAACCAGGUGGAAUUGCUGGUUAUCUGGCAUCAUUGUGCGGGACUUCGUCCUACGUUGACAUACAAGCUAAGACUGAUACUUAUGUCGGGUUUUUGUCGGCGGCGGCCCUCGAGCGUUUGAUGGAAAAACGACCUAUUGUUUUGUUAACGUUGGCUAAACGUCUUAUCUCACUGCUCUCUCCCCUCGUUCUGCAGAUUGAUGCCUCCCUUGAUUGGAUGCAGGUCAGCGCAGGCCAGGUUUUAUGGAGGCCCGACGAUGUCAGCGACAGUUUUUACAUCGUGAUCAACGGUCGUCUUCGUUCAAUAUCAGAGGAGGGCCGUAAAACCACCAUCAGAGGCGAGUUUGGUCAAGGUGAUACAGUAGGAGAGCUCGACGUCAUGACUGGUUCUCCUCGCACGACGACGGUCCAUGCUAUCCGUGAUUCUGAGCUGAUCAGGAUGCCUCAAACUUUGUUCAAUGCGAUCUCUUCAAGGAAUCCUCAGACUACUGCUCAACUGCUGAAGAUGAUUGCCUCUCGCAUUCGACGUGAAGUUGACUCGGCACCUAACGUGACAACCAGGAAUACUUCUGCAGAACUAGGGAAGAAUAACACCAACCUCAAGACUGUCGCUGUGCUCCCUGUUUCCCGAAGCGUACCCAUUGAUGUCUUCGCUCGCAAGCUGAAAGCAUCCCUCGAGGGCAUUGGAGCACGGACUUCUCUUCUGAACCAGGCUUCGGUAUCGACUCAUCUCGGACGGCAUGCCUUUACCAGGAUGGGCAAGCUAAAAGCUGCUGCAUGGUUAGCCGAUCAGGAGCAGCGGUACCGGAUCGUUCUUUAUGUCGCCGACUCUCCCGUAAAUAGUCAGUGGACACAAACUUGCAUUCGUCAGGCAGAUUUUGUCAUGGUCGUUGGAAUGGGAGAUGACCCGUCAUUGGGCGAGUAUGAACGAUUGCUACUCACGAUGAAGACCACCGCGCGCAAGGAGCUUGUCUUGUUACACCCUGAUCGCUCAGUGGUGCCAGGGUCUACUCGCGAAUGGCUCAAGAGCCGCCACUGGAUACAUCAACAUAUACACGUCGAACUCCCUGGGCUGGUCGUACCGAUUACAAAACCACCUCCGCAAGUUCAGGAUCCCGGCGCAGUCGCCGCAUUCAAGAAUCUGAAAGAUAGAGUGCAAAGCGGCAUUCAGAAGUACCGUGGUUCGGGCAGGCACGGCGAAUCCCGUGGACGAGCCAACAAGGAUGACUUUGCUCGGUUAGCACGAAGACUGUGCGGCAAGUCCAUUGGUGUCGUUCUAGGUGGUGGUGGAGCACGAGGUCUCUCUCAUCUGGGACUCAUCCGAGCUCUUGAAGAGCAUGACAUACCAAUUGACUACAUCGGUGGCACGAGCAUCGGCUCUUUCAUUGGAGGUCUGUACGCUCGCGAAUGCGACAUUAUCAUGAGCACCAGUCGUGCCAGGCAAUUCAGUAGCCGGAUGGGCAAUGUUUGGAGGAUGCUGUCUGACGUUACUUAUCCUCUGGUUGCAUAUACCACGGGACACGAGUUCAAUCGGACAAUAUACAAGGCUUUCUACGAUCUCCACAUUGAAGACAUGUGGCUACCUUACUUCUGUAACACAACAAACAUUAAUACGUCCUCGAUGGAGAUCCACGACUCCGGAUAUGCGUGGAGGUUCAUUCGAGCAUCUAUGACGCUGGUCGGUCUCUUGCCACCAUUAUGUGACAAUGGUAAUAUGCUGGUCGAUGGCGGCUACAUCGACAACUUGCCUGUCGCCACUAUGUUCUCGAAAGGUGCAAGCAUAGUAUUUGCUGCCGAUGUCGGAUCGAUCGACGAUAACUCUCCGAGGAACUUUGGCGACUCAGUCUCCGGGUGGUGGCUGCUUGUUAACAGGUGGAACCCAUUCUCCAGUGCACGGACUGUGCCUGCAAUCACCGAAAUCCAGAGUCGACUUGCCUACGUGUCUAGCGUACGGACUCUCGAAGAAGCUAAGGUCGCUAGCAGUUGUUUCUAUAUGCAGAUGCCAGUGCAAGAGUAUGGGACCCUGCAGUUCAGCAAGAUUGAUGAGAUUGAGAAGAAGGGGUAUGCGGCUGCCAUGCAGUUUUUGGAAGACUGGAAAGACGAAGGGAAGCUCCCAGCUUCUCUUGUCGGCGGCCACGAAGGGGGCAAAGCCGAGACCUCUCGGAAAGGACGAUCAGCUAGACGCAACUCUAUUUGACACGCUAAACGUGUUGCUCGUCAUUGCACAUUUACGACUCAAUCAGCAUGGUGUCUGUUUGGAUGUUCAGUUUAUUUUUUGGUGCAAGCCACGAAGCUCGAGCGCGUCCGUGACUUGUGUGAAAAGC